CCCUCGAUCUAGCAUGCCGUGCAAAUAGUAGUAGUACGGCUGUGCCCAUCGUUUUCCUUGAAACCAUCACUCUGCGCGCGGGAGCGAAAGUCUUCAUGUGCGGACCUCUGCCCACCUCCGAGAGCUUUGCGCCAGUGACGCAAUCGCACAUCGCCAAAUCACCCGGAGAGCAACACACUAUCCUACAACGAAUCUGGGAAUGUCGUCGACUGCCGUUCCGAAAGUUGUGCCCGCACAGCUCUCCUUCCUCGCCAUAUACAACCCUUCGCUGGGCAGGACGGACGAGACUUUCCACCACCAGAUCGUCUUCUACUACUCCAAAGCCGCCAAGGCACGCUCGAAGCUCGAGGGCAGAAAUGCACAGGCAGAGCGGGAGCUGCGCGAGCAGGAGAACGAGAAGCUGCGUCAGGUCGGCCUAGCCCAGGGCAUGGUUGGAUUCGCCCGGAGCUUCUCCCAUGGCGCCGCGGUCGAUUCAGUAGAGACGCACAAGUCGCGAAUAGUUCUUCACGAGCUGGAAAAGGGAUGGUGGAUACUUGCUUCCAUUGACCUUACCCAACUCCCCGCCCAUCACUCCCCCUCUACGACCGACAGCGCAAAUGCCACCCCGGAGCCAGCCGUAGAAUACUCGUCCCGAGAGGUCAGCCCUCCUGCUCUUCUGCACCGGCAGCUCGUCCGCGCCCACAACAUCUUUCUUCUCCACCACGGCUCGACUCUCGGCGGCCUGUUCCAGAAGCUCGAGCGUAUCAAGUUCUGCAAUAUACUAGACAAAUACUGGUUGCGAUUCGCAAGUAACUGGGACGUCCUCCUCCACGGGAGCCCUGCAGUCGACAUCUACAAUGGCAUGAAGCUUGCGGCUGGCGGCGAGCUGGGCAUGGGCGUGGGUGAAGAAGAGUGGGGCAGUGGGGAGCGCCUUGUUCUCGAGGACUUUGUGCAGAAGACGGACGGAUUGGUUGACUUCAUGGUGUGCCGAUUUGGCGAGCCGUCACCUAUGCAGGAUCCGAAGAAGCCUGUAAGCCCAAAGGAGUUGGAUGAUAUUGCGGACAUGGAGCCCUGGAUUGGUAGUGGAAGAAGCCCCAAUGCUUCUGAUGGCGUCGUCUUCUCAGGCGUCGGCGCGCUCAGCCGUCGAUCACUGCGGGACUUGUCACAGUGGAUCGAAUCCGUCUACUGCUACGGGGACUAUGCGUACGGAGUACGAGAGAACCCUACUGCCGAUAGGAGAAAGCGACGGCGUAGGAACCUGAAGCCUCCAUCCGAUCACCUGUCUCCAGAAGCGAAGAGAGCUCAAAGCCAGGCAAACACGAAUACUCAAGCUCCGAAUCCAGACUUCGGGUUACCCCCUGGGAUACCGCCUCCCAUUGUGAAGGCUGCUGAGACCUCGCUAGACCAUGCCUCCGCUGCUGUUGAUUCAACCAGCAAUACUGAAGCAAGCAAAUCUGAACCGCUCCUGGCGUCUUUGGGUGACACUGAGACUUGGAUGAAGUACCUCACUCUGGGUUAUGGCUCGGCUUGGGGCGCUAAGAGAGCACCGCCUGAUGAACAGACUCCUGCGCAAGAACCUGCCAGUCAAGUUGAAUUCUCGCCUGAGGUGCCGAUGCGCUAUGUUGAGCCAGAACCAGACAUCGAUCAUGCGGCAGAGAAGCUGAAGACGCAACUCCAACAAGAGAACACAGGGUAUUUUAUAAUCGGCCUGAAGGGCAACAUGCAAGAGGAAGACAUAGAUGACGAUAGUGAUGAGGGCGCUUGGAACAAUCGCACUCUUCUUCGCACGGUGCACGUCGAGUUGACUGGGGAGGGUGUCCCAAGGACUCCUAGCAUUGAAGACGACAACCCCCCCGUAUUCGAGGCUGAUUCGAGCCGCAAAUCUUUUGCAACAUCCAAGCUGUAUAGGUUACGACCUGUUGUUUAUGUGCACCGUCCUUUCAUCUAUACCUUUUUGUUCCACCACCGAACCGAGUCCCUUAACCUCGCCACGUUCUACCGUAACUUGCAUGCUUACUUCGCCCCUCUGCAUCGUCCGCUGAGCAGCAGCACCUCUCCGGACAGAGUGGCCGCGCGUAUAUCUGCCGCCUCCAGCCCAUACACCACGACCUCAUCAGGCAUGGGCUCGGAGCUAAAUACACAGCCGAUCUACGAUCUGGUCUACGAUCCUCGAACACUCACCAUCCAUUCAAGCAUCCCCAACAUCCCUGACCCUGGGACGCUAAUAGCAGAAGAUCGCAGCAGCACAUCAUCCCCAUCCGGCUGGAGCAGAGUAGCAGCCCUCAAUGUACACUCUCAGAUCCUAGCAACUGUGGCCAGCACCCGCCGGACCCUCUCCGAAAUCGAGCGAACCUGCAAAACGAGUCGCGGUUGGUGGGUGGUCUGGAUGAGGCUGCCACCUUCCCAAGCUGAGCUGCCAAAGGACCCUGACGUCGAAUCCGUCGAGUUCGACACGGAUCAGCUUCGCGAAGCUUUCCUUGUCCGGCGAGCUCGUGAUGCGGGAGUGUCAACAUCAUCUUCUGCCAGCAGAUUUGCGAGCGGGAUGUGGCGGCCCACGGGUGAGAAGAUGGGUGGAGCGGCAGCCGGUUGGGGACCAAAGGGGCUGGCGGAAGGGAUAGGAAUCGAUGCGAGGAGAUACGUUGAAGGGCUGUUGAGCCUGAACAGAUGACAUAGUAGCAUCUUUAGCAGAAUUGUAGACGAGAUUUCGGAGUGAAUUAAUGUCUUUGAUAAC